AUGUUGUCAUUCACUUUCGAUGGCUCGUCCUUUGGCAUCGAGAUGGAUCACGAUGUCCCCCAAGUUGUUAGGUCGUCCCAAGAGGAGGGAGCGAGGUCCUUGCUAAUUUCGGUUCCAUCCACGAUCCUGGAAAUCAAUGGGAUUUCGACGGCCAACAAGACCUUGCUGGAGGUCUGGCAGGAGCUGAACGACCACGCUAAGACAUCUCUGAUGAUCUCGCUCCUGGACGGACAUGGCAGGAAUUACUCAGUCACGUCGAGCAUACGGCAAGUGCAAAGUUGCGAGGCCCUCAAUCCAUUGCCGAUGCAAGAGGCAAGGGAGAAUGAAGAAGCGUCUUGCCCGAAGGCUCCUUGCCCUCCGCCUUGCAACUAUCAGCAAGCAGCGAUGUACUAUUCUCAUUGCGAUGACUCCCCAAGUUCCAGGACGGCUGAGUCUCUGUUGGGACAACCGCGGAAGAUCGACCUCUUUGAUAAGGAGAACUCUAAUUCCAAGCUUCGGAUAAUGUUUGAACUGUUGUACUGCAAUGCUGGUAGGAGGAGUGCUGUCUUGUUUCUGCAGAGGAGGAACAGUGUUGACAGAUCAAAUCACUACGUCGUGGGAAUACACCUACAGAAGGUUUCUGACGAUUGCGUGGUGGAUGACAUGAUAGGAGAUUCCUUUGAGAACAUUUCCGGCUAUCAUCUGAUAUCCGUCAAUGACAUCCAAGUCAAAGGAAAAGAUUUCGACUCCGUAGUUCCCCUGCUCAUGGGUGUGCCAGGAUCGAUCGUGACCCUCAGAUUUGCGAGGCACAGCAGUGAGGAUCAAAGUUUGAUAGACCCCUCCUCAUCGGAGAUCGAUCUCAACCCUCAAAGGCCGAUGAUUCGUACCAUACACUACUACCGAGGUAUGUCCUCGGACUCCUACACCUCUUCGGUUGAGAGGAGCAGGAGCGAAGAGUAUGGAAGGCAGGGCCAUGGAAGCUCUCCCGUCCGGACGCCCCUCACCACCCGCCAGAGCAACAAGUGCAGCGACAGUGCACUGGCGGUAUCUGCUGCUAAGAAGAAGCCAUCGCGGCUUGGCAGCUCUAUCACCCAAUUCUACGAGGUGCGAAAGAAGAGACACCAGGAGCUGAAUUUGAAGGCCGCAGACCUCAAGAACCGCCUGAAGGCCAGCGGAUUUCUGAUAGGAGACGUUGUGGCUGACGGCGACAAUGACUCUGAGUCGACCAACUCGGAGCCUUGUACCCCUCGCUCCCCUGUUCAAACUGAGCCCGAUGCGUACCCGGGGGACAGUGAAAUCGGUGCCAUGCUCGGGAAGCUGCACGGCACUUGCAGUGAAAUUGAAGAUUUGACGUCGUCACUCCAGUCUGCUGUCUUUGACUUGUCUGUGGGAUCGCUGAAACAAUCUGCGGAUAAAAACCUUCAGACGGAGCCGUAUGAAGACGAAGCAUCGAGAAUAAAGAUUCUAGAUCUGCAGAAGCUGCUGCUGGAGAAGGAUCAAGAGGUGGAGGAGGUACGGGCACAGCUACGAUCGAAGGAGGACGGGAUGCAAGAUGUAGAGGAGCGGCUGAGGAGGAGGGAUGAAGAGCUUACAGAGGUACGGGCACAGCUACGAUCGAAGGACGAAGUGGUGGAGGAGGUACGGGCACAGCUACGAUCGAAGGACGAAGUGGUGGAGGAGGUACGGGCACAGCUACGAUCGAAGGAAGCCAGGAUACAGGAGGUAGAGGAGCGGCUGAGGAGGAAGGAUGUAGAGAUCGGGGAGGUAGAGGAGCAGUUGAAGAGGAAGGAUGAAGACGUCAGAGAGGUACAGGCACAGUUGCGAUCGAAGGAAAACGGGAUGCAGGAGGCGCUGGAGCGGCUGAGGAGGAAGGAAGAGCAGUAUGAGGAGACGAAACGAGAUCUGCAGGAAAAGAAAAGAGAGCUAGCUACUCGGUUCUCCCCAUGGAAGUUCAUGAUGCUGAUCCUAUCUGGAAUUGCAACGGUCUUGGUUUCCCUCGUCCUCCUCUCACCGGUGCCCAUGUUGGAGGACGCCAACGUAUCCCAGCAUUUCGUGUCUGGCUCUGCAUUCUCACCGAUUGGACCUGUUGAUACUUGCAUGGCUUCGACCUGCUGUCAUAACGAUGUUGCUACGUGCGCUACGCAUGCCAAAGGGAGGAACAACCUGACGAUCGUUCCGUCAGUAGCGGUUGAGAAGCUCCAAGAGCUCGAGGCCGAGUUGGCGUCAAGGAAUGCAGAGCUGACGGCAGUCAAGUCCUCACAGACGGCACUGAACGGCCGCUACCUGGCCGAGCAAGAGAGGCUAGCGGGCUGCAUGAAGGACAAGGACGUGCUGGAGGAGGCAGCACGGAACGCCAACAAGACCUGCCAAGACUUGCGAGGGGCAUGGAAGAUCGAGAUGGAAGAGCUGGGGAGGGUGAAGAGGAAAGCAGAGGAGGAGUUGGUGAGCUGCCGAGACGAGUUGAUCUCGUCACAGGAGAGAGAGAGCAGAGAAGUCAGCAAGCUGGUGGAGCUGGAGAAGAAGCAGGAGGAGGCAGUGCAGGAGGCCGCAAGCUGCCAGAAGGAGCUGGUGAGGCUGCAAGGGGAAGGACGCGAUGUAAUCCUCGUCGAGCAACAGAAACUUGCAGCUUGCGAGCGAGACAAGGAGAUGCUCGAGGAGGUUGCUCACAACAGCAGCCAGGCGUACAGAGAGUCACAGGACGCGUCCAGGAGGGAGAUGACAGAACUUGAAGGGAAGAAGAAGCACGCAGACCAGCUGGCUGAGAAGUGCAAGGACGACGGGCGGAGGCUUCAGCUGGAGCUAGCAGAGCUCAAGAGCUCACUGGGCACGUGCAGAGAGGAGGCGGAGGGCUGCAGGCGAAGGACCCGCAGCGCGGGCGGGAAGGAGGAAGGGAGCGCCAUCGAGAGCAGCAAACUCGCGCGUCACUCGGGCGGCAGCGACAUGGUAUCCCUCACCUGCAAUGCAACCUUCGACGAGUCUGCCCCGCCCCUGAUGAGCCAAGGAUGCUACAACCUGUCCCAUUCACUCCCCGUCCUCCUCGCUGAAGUUCCUAUCCCCGUGUGCUCCGACGUCCCUCAGGCGGAGGGGGACGGUUGGUCAGGCCGCUGCCCCCCGGGCUCUGCCGCCAUCGUCUACACAGACUCUCGGUUCUUCGCACGGUCUCAUGCUGCUGCUAUCGGUCGGACGACUGACGUGACGAGCAGAUCAUCAGCAUGUGUCACCACGGAGCAGUGGAAUGAGUGCAUCGCCAGGGAGGGAGAGAUCUACUGGAAGAACCCGCUGCUCUGCUGGGACUCAAUCUUCGCCAAUCGCACUGACGUGCACUCAGGUGCCUGCUCUGCUUGGCUGCGCAAGGAGAGGAGGUGGCAGCUUGCAGAGUCACUUCCUGCCGCCAUCCGAGAGUUCGAGGACCUGAGAAUCUCCGCCAUGCGCGAUCUUCGUCGCGUCCCCGAGGCUCUCCGGCAGCGGCUGGGGCUGGGAGGAGAGAUGGAGGAGGAGUGGAGGAAGGGGACCGGGCCUUAUGGCUGCAUCAACGGGCGGGUCUGCCGGGGGUGGGAAGUGGUGACGGCAGUCAGCAUGCAAGUCGCGGAUGCCAGGGGAGAGCCACACACGCUAAGGACGUGGCUGCUGCGAGAAAACCCGAGCAAGACGUACAGGGAGGAGGUCAGGAGAGAGGAGCUGUCUGCUCGGGCCUUGAGGGAGCUGCGGCUGGGCUAG